AUGAGGCACUGCAUUAAUUGCUGCAUCCAGUUGUUACACAACGACACACACGAACAGCAGGUCGGCUGCCGCGGAGGCCCCCAUCACGGUCACCAGGUGUGCUCCACUUGCAGAGGAGAAAACAAAAUUCUGUUUCGCGUGGACAGUAAGCAGAUGAACUUGCUUGCUGUUCUUGAAGUGAGGACUGAAGGGAACGAGAACUGGGGUGGGUUUUUGCGCUUUAAGAAGGGAAAGCGAUGUAGCCUCGCCUUUGGACUGAUAAUAAUGACCCUGGUGAUGGCUUCUUACAUCCUUUCUGGGGCCCACCAAGAGCUUCUGAUCUCCUCACCUUUCCAUUACGGAGGCUUCCCCAGCUAUCCCAGCUUGAUGGAUGGCGAAAACCCAAGCGACGUGAAAAAGCAUCAUCACCAACCCUCUGUAAAUAAUAUUUCAUACGUGAAGGACUAUCCAAGCAUUAAAUUAAUUAUCAACAGCAUCACAGCCAGGAUUGACUUCACGACCAGACAGCUCCCAGACUUAGAAGACCUCAAGAAGCAGGAGUUGCACAUGUUUUCAGUAAUCCCCAGGAAAUUCCUUCCAAACAGUAAGAGCCCCUGUUGGUAUGAGGAAUUCUCAGGGAGGAACACCACCGACCCCUACCUGACAAACUCCUAUGUGCUCUACUCCAAGCGGUUCCGCUCCACCUUCGACGCCCUGCGCAAGGCCUUCUGGGGCCACCUGUCGCAUGCCAGUGGGAAGCACUUCCGCCUGCGCUGCCUGCCACAUUUCUACAUCAUCGGGCAGCCAAAGUGUGGGACCACCGACCUCUACGACCGCCUGCGGCUGCACCCAGAGGUGAAGUUCUCUGCCAUCAAGGAGCCACACUGGUGGACCCGGAAGCGGUUUGGAAUCGUUCGCCUAAGAGAUGGGCUGCGAGACCGCUACCCUGUAGAAGAUUAUCUGGAUCUCUUUGACCUGGCCGCACACCAAAUCCAUCAAGGGCUGCAGGCCCACUCUGCAAAGGAACAGAGCAAGAUGAACAUGAUCAUUAUCGGGGAGGCCAGCGCCUCGACCAUGUGGGAUAACAAUGCCUGGACCUUCUUCUAUGACAACAGCACGGAUGGGGAGCCGCCGUUUCUGACCCAGGACUUCAUCCACGCCUUUCAGCCGGACGCCAAACUGAUCGUCAUGCUCAGGGACCCCGUGGAGAGGUUGUACUCAGACUAUCUCUACUUUGCAAGUUCGAAUAAAUCUGCAGACGACUUCCAUGAAAAAGUGACAGAAGCUCUGCAGCUGUUUGAAAAUUGCAUGCUGGAUUAUUCGCUGCGCGCCUGCGUCUACAACAACACCCUGAACAACGCCAUGCCUGUGAGGCUCCAGGUGGGGCUGUAUGCCGUCUACCUUCUGGACUGGCUCACUGUUUUUAAGAAAGAACAGUUCCUCAUUCUCCGCCUGGAAGAUCAUGCUUCCAAUGUCAAGUACACCAUGCAGAAGGUCUUCCAGUUCCUGAACCUUGGGCCCUUGAGUGCGAAGCAAGAGGCCUUCAUGACAAAGAGCCCCGCGUCCAAUGCACGGCGCCCUGAGGACCGGAACCUGGGGCCCAUGUGGCCCGUCACACAGAAGAUUCUGCAGGACUUCUACGGGCCUUUCAACACCAAGCUGGCGCAGGUUCUUGCUGACGAGGCCUUUGCAUGGAAGACCACGUGA